AUGGUCAGCGGAAAGCACUGCAUGUGCAUCGACACUGCACUUUCUGUGGCCUUUCAGAAGCUAGGCUACGCGGUGGGCAAAUACCCGGGCUACUUCAUUCUUGUGCCCUUUUUCAUCGCCUGCAUUCUUGCCACCGGCCUGCAGAGGCUACGCUACGAGGACGAUCCAGAGUACCUCUUCUCGCCCACCGAUGGACGGUCCAAGCAUGAGCGCUCCAUAGUGGACGACUACUUUCCCGUCAACUACACGUCCAACUUUAACGUCGGUCGUAUCACCCACAAAGGCCGCUUCGGUCGGCUGAUCGUCACCGCCCGAGACGGUGGCUCCAUUCUCCGACGUUCCGUCUGGGACGAUCUGAUGAAUCUUGACGGUGCCAUAAAAAAUCUCACCUUUGUCUGGGAUGACUCCAACUGGAAGUACGAGGAUAUUUGCGCCAAAAAUGAGUUCAAGUGUUGGAACAAUGACAUCCUCGAUUUUAACGGCAAAAUCACCGAUAUUGAGGAGAAAAAGUACUUUCUCAAGUAUCCCAUUUGGAUCAACACGGAAACCUACAAAGCCUACUUCUUCCCCGCCUAUCUCGGCGGCGUCACCGUCGACGACAACGGCCUGAUUGAGAACGCCAAAGGCAUCAACCUGAUGUACUUCAUGGACACCACAGUCAAGAACGGCGACGCACGAGGUCAACUGUGGGAGCAGAUGUUCCUCGAGUUUGCCGCCGGAGUCAACUACGAGAACAUCGUCGUCUCUCGUUUCAUCUCCACGACGCUUCAAAAAGAGCUGGACAGCAACACGCACAGUUUGGUGCCCUUCUUCAGCAUCACCAUCAUCAUCAUGAUUCUGUUCAGUGUGGGCACCUGCAUGAUGUCCGACUGGGUGCGCUCCAAACCCUGGCUCGGUUUGCUGGGCUGCGUCUCUGCGGGCAUUGCCGUCGUGGCGGCCUUUGGCCUGUGCGUCUACUGCGGCAUCGAAAUGAUUGGCAUCAACCUUGCGGCGCCCUUUCUAAUGCUCG